GUGAGGUCAAUCUAUCUGGGGUAACGCCCACCUUGGUUUUUCCGUCUACUUUUCCUCAUCGAUACGUUCUUGCGUGCAUGUGAUGGACACUAGCAUCUGUAUUAGGCUGUUUGCCUAGGGUGUGUAUUUGAACGGGCUCAACGACAUGUUUCCAUAUCCAUCCCGUCGAUGUCCGUGGUUCGUCAUUACUCUUCGGGGCAUGCUCCGGUGGCAGAAGCGCGUGGCGGCAAUGCUUUUGCUGUUUGCAAUGGUUGACAGGAAAGCCGUGAUCACCGCAUCUCCUAAGGUAGAUUGCAAAACCUUGGGCCACCGGGUCGAUCAUAGCAACCGGCGACCAGGUAAGUUUUGGGCCAACGUCCGAUCACGUGGCGAAAGAGCCGCUGUUCAUCCGGUGGUUAACAGUAGCUUGUCGUAUUCAUACUGGGCGUUGGUGAACUCGCCCAACAUGAUGCAACUCUAAUGAUGAGCGCGAAAUAUCUAGGCGAUACUCUCCAUUAUGUGUGCUGAACGUUCGUUC